AUGGCGGCUGCUAACGAGGACGGACCCGAGCUCAUGAUCCACAAAAACAACCAGUCCUGCAUCAAAAUGACCAAGAAUCCGGUCAACCACGGCCGCGCCAAGCACAUCGACAUCAAUUGCCAUCACAUCCGUGAUGAGGUCAAGCGCGGUGAAGUGAAGCUCGAGUAUUGCGAGACUUCCGUGAUGAUGGCGGACAUCAUUACCAAAGGGACUUGCGGGACCUCGUCACAAGAACUUGACGACAGCUCUCGACAUCUGUGCGUGUUCGAAUUGAGGGGACGUAUUGAAGGUUAUCGAAACAACCCGAACUGUGUAGUUCUUAUGGGAUCGUUUUUACGUCGGUAA